AUGUCUCCGCAGCCUGAUCAAGCCGACCGUAAGCGUAAGCUGCCGCCCUCAAACGAGGAAGCUCCCCGCGCAAACCCUGUCGACCCAAACUCCAGACCGAGCCCUAUCAUCGUUGGCAGCUCUUCACCACCUGCAGAUUCCAGUGUUCCUACCUUCGCGUGCACCAAGCCGGACCAUGCAUCGCUCGCUUUCACGAUCGAGGACAUGUAUAGAGCGAGCAGUGCCGACUGGGACGAGGUCAAAGAACCAGACUUUACCGACAUGAAGCCCUACGAGCAGGACGCGGAAGAAGCGAACCGCCAAGCUAUCGAGCACCAUCAUCGCAAGAUCAAAGACUUGUUCAUCAAAGUCAAGGAGACUCAUCCGGAACUGGAUCUGACCGACGUUUCAGAUUCAGACGGCGAAGAGGAGGGCUUAGAUGAAGAUUCGGAGGCAGAGUAUUCCGAGGAAGAGGAGUAUGAAUAA